CAUUGACUCGCCGCACGCGUGUGCUUUGUGUGUGCUGUCACGGGCCCCCAACUCUCUUUUUCGUCCUGUGCGUUGUGUGUGUUUAGUUUUGCCGUUUAAUUUUGGAUAUCUACCGUUAUGAGACGAUGCAUACACCAGAUGAAGCAAAGGGCAUGACCGCCAACCCGCCACUUUCCCUCGCAAACACAUCACUGCCCAGCCCAGACGAACAAAAUCUGAGUAAUAGCAUAAAAUGCAUUCAAGAAGGGUUGGAGGAGUUGGGCACCGGACCACAAGGAGUAGUGACUGAUUCUUCAUCUGAUAAUUCACCCACUGUCGAUCACACGGUUGUUGAAAGAGGAUCAUGGGUUGAAGGACUUUUAGGCUGUCUUAGGCCUGUAUUUACAAUCAUCAAUAAAGCUACCUCUAAUGAAAUCAAGGCUUCUCAUCAUGAUGACUGGGAAAUCCCUUUUGAAAGUAUUAGUGACCUCGAGUGGCUAGGGUCUGGAGCCCAAGGAGCUGUUUUCAGUGGUAAACUAAAAAAUGAGACUGUUGCUGUUAAAAAAGUUAGAGAACAAAAGGAGACUGACAUUAAGCACCUUAGAAAACUUAAUCAUCCGAAUAUAGUACAAUUCAAAGGAGUGUGUACUCAAGCCCCAUGCUAUUGCAUUGUAAUGGAGUACUGCCCAUAUGGGCCACUAUACAACCUCUUAAAAGACGGCGAAGAAAUCUCACCAGAAAGACUCAUCUCGUGGGCAAAACAAAUCGCAUCAGGAAUGCUUUAUCUUCAUUCGAAUAAAAUUAUACACAGAGAUCUUAAAAGUCCAAAUGUACUUAUAGGAGAACAAAAAUGUGUAAAAAUAAGUGAUUUUGGAACAUGUCGACAAUGGAAUGAAAUCAGUACAAAAAUGAGUUUUACUGGAACAAUCGCCUGGAUGGCACCUGAAGUAAUCAGAAAUGAACCUUGUUCAGAAAAAGUCGAUAUUUGGUCUUAUGGUGUUGUAUUAUGGGAGCUGCUUACCUGCGAGACACCUUACAAAGACGUUGACUCGUCUGCGAUAAUCUGGGGGGUCGGAAGCAAUUCUCUUCAGCUGCCGAUUCCUUCUUCGUGCCCUGAGGGAUUCAAGCUCCUUAUGAAACAGUGUUGGUCUCCGAAGCCUAAAAAUAGGCCGUCUUUUAAGCACAUCCUUCAUCAUCUCGACAUCGCAGCAUCAGAUGUGAUAACAAGCACUCCUGAAAAGUAUUUUCGUACGCAGGCCACUUGGAAACAAGAAGUAAGAGAUCAAAUGUCAAAAAUAGAGACAAAUAAGAGCAAUCAGAUGCCAAGAUUUGACGAAGUUGACCUCAUUAAAAAAAGAAAUGAUGAAUUGAAACAUGCUCAAGAUAUAAGACAACAUUAUGAAAGAAAACUAGGAAGAGUAAAUGAUCUCUAUACAGCCCUUGCUACUGCUUUCAUAGAACUUGAUGAAAGGGAAAGAGAAAUAAGAAAGUUAGAAAAAUCUCUUAAAGGAAAAAAGAGGUGUCCAAAGAUAACAGCAAAAAUGCAAACUGAGAGGUACAGGAAACGUGAAGAAGAAGUACACUGUACUACAUCUUUAGCUUUGUCAAGAGAACUACUUUCGCCUCAGAAAGAAGCUUGUGGUGGAAAAUCUUCACUUUGCGCUCAAAUGGGGUCGAAUGGAAUUGUUCAAACAUUCUCAAUUCCACUUCGUCCAAGGAGAAUGAGGCCAAGACGAGCUGUGAUAGCAGCUGACUACUGGGAUCUCACCAAUGAGUAUGAGUAUGAUGCCCCUGUGGAUAUGGAUUGUUCAACAAGUGAGGCGGAUAGAAACUCAAGGAGAAUUAGCGACAGGACAAGCAGUGGUAUUUCAGUAGGUGAUAGGCUUAGCGGUAGUGCUUUUACGAGUUCUCAAACCCAGACAGACAGCACGCCUAUGGAAAUUGGAUCCGGCGCCAGUUCUGUAGCUGAAUCCAGGUUACCGAGCCCAACGGAUAGCAUCAAUGGAAAUGUCAGGCAACCAGAUCAAAUAGACACUUACAUACAUGACUAUGAGAAUUACAAUGAAACCGAGCUCAACUGUAACACAAGGUUGAGUGAUGAUGAUCACCUAGAAACACUAGGAAGAAAAGUUAACGAAAUGAUCCUGACGAAUGGUAACUGUGUUGGGAUUGAAGACAGUUCAAGUCGUGAAGAUGAUGAACCUCCACAUCUCCCAUACUCAUACGGGCUUAGAAGAAAAAGUGCUGGCCGAAGACCCAUUGGCCCAGGAUGUAGGAUCAGGAGAUUUAAAUGCAUGCCUGUAACAGCACACUCUGAUGAAGAGAACACAUCCGAGCGAAGUCAUAGCAGGAGCUCAACCUUAGAAAGCAACCCUCCUGCUAUACCAAUUAAGAGGUCAGGCAGUGAUAGGAGUUCUGAUUCCGAUUCAGAUGAACCGAGUGAAGCAACUGUUGCCUCAAUGGUAACCAAUACCUUUGCCAUAGCCUGAAUAGAUUAAUUUUAUGUAAAUAGUGUGAUUUUAUGUAUUAUAAAUAAUAGAACAUACUGCAUUAUCAUAUUGAUAACAUAAGGAUUUCCUUUGUGUACAAUAAUUAUAUAUAUUGUAGAUUAUAUAAUUUUAUAUGGAUUCUAUGUUUAUGAUUCAAUUUUUGUUAAUAUACUAUUAUUUUUUUAGACUUUUAUUGUAAACUAAUAACAAUAAGACUGUGAUUUUUAAGCAUUCCUUUUAGAUGGUUACUUAUUAUCGAUGAUUUUUUUAAUUUUAUUUUUUAUUGUAAAUAAGAGAGAUAAAGGCUCAUAUAUUUUGUGGCCAUUUCACCUGUAAUUUGCUCACUAUGGCAAUUUCAUAAGUUAAUUUUUUAUAAGGAAUAAGUUCAUUUAAUUUUUUUUUUUUGAAAAGUAUGUUUAUUUUCAAUGUUUUACAUAUUCAGUAAAUUACUGGUAACAAACACUGCAUUAUUUUCUUUUUUGUAAGUGCAAUAUUAACCAUAAAUGUAAAACAAAACAAAAUAAAACGAUAAAUGAUGGAUUAAAAUUUAAAAAAUAAAACUUAUAUGCAUAAAAAACAUAUUUUAGAAUAGUGAACAUGCAAUUUAAAGUAAAUCUUAAAUAGUAAAAUGCAUUUUUUUUUCUUUUUGCAAUUUGCAACAAUUAGUCCAAUUUUAUUUAAUAGAAUUCCUCAUGUAAUAAGUUUUGCCAAUUUGAAUCAACUUGAUCUCAGAUAAGGCAGUGAUAUUUUUCUAGAAAUUUGAUUAGUCCAUCCAAAUGUUUUUUGUAUGUUCAUUUUAAAUUUAUUUGAAAUUAAAAUUUAUACUUUCCAUUGUGAAAUAGAAAAUAGUUUAAAAAAUGUAAUAUAAAGUUUUUCAGUCGUGAUAGUUUGUUAUUAAAAAUAUUGUUGAUAAGAAACUAGUUUAAAAAUAUUGGCUUCAAUAUGUAGGUUAAAUGAAGUAUUGCCUACACAACUAUAUAUUCAAAAAGGCCUGAUUUCAAAACCAGUUUAAAAAAAUACUCAUAACAACCUAUGUUUAAUAAAUGUUAGUUAUAUUUUGUUCACUUUUGUAUGAUUAUUUAUACA